AGGAGGAGGAGGAGGAGGAGGAAGAGGAGGAGGAGGAGGCUAGCUGGGAAGGCGGAGCUUUUCCAUUAUUGUACGGCGGGUCCUGGUGAGUCCCCGAGUGAAGCGUCUCCAAAGUUUCACCGGCGUGCGGUUCUUCAUAUCUCCUGCACCAGCUGUGGUACCAAACAAACGGACCACAGAUGCGAAGCCGCAGCGCGUCGUGAGCAAGACGCAGUUUGUUUAGAAGGACUUUAAUUGUUCUUUCCGGAUGAAUAACUCAUGAAACAGAGUAAAUGUGCUCCUGUAGCUCCUCACAGACGGACUGAGGGACCAUCCUGCAGGAAUGAGGAGGAUGCGCUGAAACUCUCCAAUCUGAAAACAUUCGGGUUGUUUUAACUUGGAAUGAGUUGGAUCCGCUGGACGCGCCGUUUCCAUACAGUAAAUCCUCUGGGAUUAAAAUAAAGAGGGGCAAUGGAUAACUUCUUCACGGAGGGUGAUCGAGUUUGGUUACGGGAGGAUGAGCAGUUCCUUCCCAGCACUGUGUCUUCCUGUUCUGGAGGUGUUGUCAUCUUUGCCACAGACUACGGCCAGGUGUACACUUACAAACAGAAUGCCCUCACCAGACAGAAGGUGCAGCCCAUGCACCACAGCAGCGUCAGAGGGGUGGAGGACAUGGCGACACUCGAGGACCUUCAUGAAGGCGCCAUCAUGCACAACCUCUUCCAGCGUUACCAGCAGAGACAAAUCUAUACGUACAUCGGCUCCAUCCUGGCGGCAGUGAACCCCUACCAGCCGUUGCCUGGUCUGUACGACCGGCCAACCGUGGAGCUGUACAGUCGCCACCACCUCGGGGAAAUUUCUCCACACAUCUUUGCUGUGGCCAAUGACUGCUACCGCUCGCUGUGGAAGAGGCUGCAGAACCAGUGCGUCCUGAUCAGUGGAGAAAGUGGAGCCGGUAAAACAGAAAGCACCAAGCUGAUUUUGAGGUUUCUGUCUGCCAUGAGCCAACACUCACUGGAGGUUUCCUGCAGAGACAAGUCAUCUCAUGUGGAGGAGGCGCUGCUGGAGAGCAGUCCCAUCAUGGAGGCCUUUGGAAAUGCUAAGACCGUCUACAACAACAACUCGAGCCGCUUUGGGAAGUUUGUCCAGCUGCAUUUCAGCCAGAAGGGAAACAUUCAAGGGGGCAGAAUUGUUGAUUAUCUUCUAGAAAAAAAUCGAGUUGUUCGGCAGAACCCAGGAGAGAGAAACUAUCACAUUUUUUACGCCAUAUUAGCAGGAACCAACAACCAGCAAAGAGAGGCAUUUGGGUUGACACAUCCUGAAAGCUAUCACUACCUGCGACAGUCCCACUGCAUCGCUGACAAGACAAUCAACGACAAAGACACUUUUCAGGAUGUUCUGAACGCCAUGCAAACAAUGCAGUUCACAGAGGAGAACAUCAGUGAGAUCCUGCGCCUCCUGGCAGGGAUUCUCCAUGCAGGGAACAUUGAGUUUAUGACGGCUGGAGGGGCACAAGUUGCCUCCAAAUCAGCUCUGUGCUGGACAUCUGAACUCCUGGGACUGAACUCAGAUCAGCUCGCAGAAGUCCUGACCCACCGCUCAAUGAUCCUCAGGGGGGAGGAGAUCUCCACACCACUAACGGUUGAACAGGCGGUGGACUCCAGAGACUCCAUGGCCAUGGCACUUUAUUCUCAGUGUUUCAACUGGAUCAUUCACAAACUGAACAACCGCAUCAGGGGCAAGGAGGACUUCAAAUCCAUCAGCAUCCUGGACAUUUUUGGAUUCGAGAACUUUGAGGUUAAUCGCUUUGAGCAGUUCAACAUCAACUAUGCAAAUGAGAAGCUUCAGGAGUAUUUUAACAAGCACAUUUUUUCUCUGGAGCAACUUGAAUACAACAAAGAGGGUCUGGUUUGGGUCGAUGUUAACUGGAUGGACAACGGAGAAUGUCUGGAUUUGAUUGAGAAGAAACUGGGUCUCCUGGCACUGAUGAAUGAGGAGAGUCACUUUCCCAAAGCCACAGAUGACACCUUGCUGGAGAAACUCCACAGCCAGCACUCGAAAAAUCCGUUUUAUGUGAAACCUCGUGUUGCUGUGCACUGCUUUGGAGUCAGACACUAUGCAGCAGAGGUGGUAUAUGAUGUGAGGGGAAUGCUGGAGAAGAACAGAGACACUUUCAGGGAUGACAUCCUCAACAUGCUGAGAGAAAGCAGGUUGGACUUUGUCUAUGAUCUGUUUGAACAUGUAUUGAGCCGCAACAAGCAGGACACUCUGAGGAGCAGCACCAAGCACAGACGGCCAACCGUCAGCUCCCAGUUUAAGGAAUCUCUGCACUCUCUGAUGGCCACACUCAGCACGUCCAACCCGUACUUUAUACGAUGCAUCAAACCAAACACACACAAGAUGCCUGACCAUUUCGACCAGACGGUGGUUCUGAACCAGCUCAGAUACUCCGGCAUGCUGGAAACGGUCAAGAUCCGACGCACCGGUUUCCCGGUCCGCAGAUCGUUCCAGGACUUCUGCUCCAGGUACAAGGUGUUGAUGAGGGGUGGUCUAAUGCCAGAUGACCACAGGGGGCGCUGCAAGCAGCUGCUGCACCUUUACGACAGCAGCAGUACAGAUUGGCAGCUUGGCAAAACCAAAGUCUUUCUUCGGGAGUCUCUGGAGCACCGGCUGGAGAAGCAGAGGGAGGUGGAGGUGCUAAAAGCAGCCAUGAUCAUCCAGGCCCACGUCAUGGGAUACAUGGCCAGGAGGCAGUACAGGAAGCUGCUGCAGUGCAUCGUGGUAAUUCAGAAGAACUACCGGGCUUUCUACUGGAGGAGGAAGUUCCUGUUGCUCCGCUGGGCCACGCUGACUUUCCAGAAACGUCUGCGGGGCCAGCUGGCCCGUCGGGCCUUCAGCCGGCUGCUGGAGGAGAGGAGGAAGAGGGAGGAGGAGGAGCACCGCAGAAAGAUGGAAGAGGAGAUGGAGAGGGAGAGAUUGAGGCUGGAGGCGGAGAGACUCGCCAAGGAGGCUGAGGAAGCUCGGCGACAGGAAGAGCUGCAGCGCGCCGAGGAGCUCGCCUCUCUUGUUUUUGUCAGGUCUCAGCUGGAACAAGCAGCUGCAGCAUCGCCUGAAACACUGGAGGAGCUGGAGUCAGCGGACGUCUUUAAGGAGGCUACAGAGGAGGAGGAGGCGAUCCGUCCUCAGGAGGCAUCUCAGGUGGAGGAGAUCCUCCGGCUGGAGCGAGAGAUCCAGGUGCUGCAGAGGCAAAAGGAGCGUCAGGAGCUCUCUCUGACCGAGGCCUCCCUCCACCGCCUGCAGCGUCUUCGAGAUCAGGAGCUGCUGCGGCUGGAGGACGAGGCCUGCAAGGCGGCGCAGCAGUUCCUUGACUCGCUGAAUUUUGACGAGAUUGAUGAGUGUGUGAGGAACAUUGAAAGCUCCUUGGGUGUGGGGGAGGAAGAGGAGAAGGAGAAUGGAGAGAGAAGAGGCAACGAUGAAGAGGAGGUUGAUGAAGGGUUCGAAGCUGAUGACGAGGUUUUCAAAGACUCACCUAACCCAAGUGAGCACGGCCACUCAGACGGCCAGCGCACCAGUGGAAUCAGAACGAGCGACGAUUCAUCUGAAGAAGACCCGUACGCCAACGAUGUGGUGAUCCCACCGAUGCCCCUCACCACCCUGCUUCACCAGCCGCUGCCUCCUCUACCUCCAGCCUCCCACAGCGUCUCAUCCAGCGGCGACUCCGCCUUCUGCCGCCCGCAGCAUUCGUCUGAGGCGCCAUCUGACGACCUGGUGGAGCUGAUUCCACCAGACGAGGACUCAGACUACGACCAGGACGACUAUGAUGAGGGCGCUAUCGUGUCCAGUGGCAGCAUGGCCCUCUCCCACUCUCGCAGUGGUCAGUGGUCUCCUGAUUACCGGGGCUCCGUGGGAACGUACAACAGCUCAGGGGCUUACCGCUUCAGCUCCGAAGGCGCUCAGUCAUCGUUUGAGGACAGCGAAGAUGACUUUGACAGGUUUGACACAGAUGACGAGUUAUCGUAUCGACGGGACUCGGUCUACAGCUGCGUCACUCUGCCGUACUUCCACAGCUUCCUCUUCAUCAAAGGAGGUUUGAUGAACACGUGGAAGCGGCGCUGGUGCGUUCUGAAGGACGAGACCUUUCUGUGGUUCCGGGCCAAGCAGGAGGCGCUGAAGCAGGGCUGGCUGCACAAGAAGGGAGGCGGCUCAUCCACGCUGUCUCGCCGCAACUGGAAGCGCCGUUGGUUCGUGCUGCGCCAGAGCAGACUGAUGUACUUUGAGAAUGACAGUGAGGAGAAAAUGAAGGGGGUGCUGGACAUGAAUAAUGCCAAAGAAAUUGUUGAUAACACCGGUAAGGAAAACGGUAUCGACAUUGUGAUGCCGGAGAGGACCUACCAUCUGAUCGCAGAGUCUCCUGAGGAUGCAAGUCAAUGGUUCAGCGUGCUGAGUCAGGUCCACGGCUCCACUGAACAAGAGAUCAGCGAGAUGCAUGAUGAGCAGGCCAAUCCCCAGAACGCUGUGGGAACGUUGGACGUGGGAAUGAUCGACUCGGUUUGUGCCUCAGAUAAUCCAGAAAGACCAAACUCUUUCGUCAUCAUCACUGCGGAGCGAGUUUUGCACUGCAACGCCGACACACCCGAGGAGAUGCACCACUGGAUCACUCUGCUGCAGCGCUCCAAAGGAGACGCUCGUGUCGACGGGCAGGAGUUCAUCAUCAGGGGCUGGUUGCACAAAGAAAUAAAAAACAGCACCAAAGCCUCACUGAAGCUGAAGAAACGGUGGUUCCUACUCACCCACAAUUCCCUGGACUACUACAAGAGCUCAGAGCGGAACGCCUUGAAGCUGGGAACACUGGUGCUGAACAGCCUCUGCUCUGUGGUGCAGCCAGAUGAGAAGUUCUACAAGGAGAGCGGAUACUGGAACGUGAUCGUCUACGGGCGAAAACACUCGUACCGACUCUACUGUAAGCUGCUGAAUGAAGCCACACGUUGGGCCAGCUCCAUCCAGAACGUCAUCGACACCAAAGCUCCCAUCGACACUCCAACCCAGCAGCUCAUCCAGGACAUCAGGGAGAACUGUCUGAACUCAGAGGUGGUGGAGCAGAUCUACAAGAGGAACCCCAUCCUCCGCUACAGCCACCACCCACUGCAUUCACCGCUGCUGCCGCUGCCCUACGGAGACAUCCAGCACAGCGCGACACGGAGUAGGAGCUACACAACCCUGCAGGAUGAAGCCCUCAGAAUGUUCAGCUCUCUUCAGCACCUGGACGGAGUGGCUGACCCCGUCCUCAUCAUCCAGGGCAUGCUGCAGACCGGCCAGGAGCUCAAACCGCUGCGCGACGAGCUCUACUGCCAGCUGAUCAAGCAGACCACCAGGCCGCCUCAGCCUGGGAGCCCUGGGAACCUCUGCAGCUGGAAGAUCCUGGCCUGCAUGUCCUGCACCUUCAUCCCCUCACGGAGCAUCCUCAGAUACCUGAAGUUCCACCUGAAGAGGACCCACGAGCUCUUCCCCGCCUCAGAGAUGGACCAUUACGCCGCCUACACCCUCGACUGUUUGAAGAAGACCCGAGCCAGGGAGAAUGUGCCAUCGCAGGAGGAAAUCCGUUCCAUCGUGGCCCGACAAGAGAUGAGCACCACGGUCCACUGCCACGGAGGAGGCUCCUGCAAGAUCACCAUCAACUCACACACCACUGCUGGAGAGGUGGUGGAGAAGCUGAUCCGCGGCCUGGCCAUGGAGGACAGCAGGAACAUGUUUGCUCUGUUCGAACACAAUGACAGCACCGAAAAAGCCAUCGAGAGUCGGACCGUGGUGGCAGACGUGCUCGCCAAGUUUGAAAAACUUUCAGCGAGCGCGGAUGAAGGCAACACGGGCUGGAAGUUGUACUUCAAACUGUACUGCUUCCUGGACACAGACGGUGUUCCCAAGGACAGCGUGGAGUUCGCCUUCAUGUUCGAACAGGCCCAUGAGGCAGUCAUUCAGGGUCACUAUCCUGCACCGGAGGAGACUCUCCAGUUCCUGGCUGCCCUCAGAUUCCAAUACCUCCUGGGCGACCAAAACCCCCAGGCCACCAUACCUGAGAUGUCCCAAGUUUUCCCAAUGGCUCGAUUGCGGGCCCGGGUCCAGAACUCUGCCAAGACGUUCGCUUCGGGCACCGGCUCGGUGGCCGAGCGCUCGGGAACGGCGGAGAGAAAACGUUCUAGCUUCUUGGAGGGAACGCUGAGGCGGAGCUUCAGGAGCGGCUCUCUGAGCCGGCAGAAGCUGGAGGAGGAGAACAGCCUGGAGGCCUGGAUGAGGGAGGAGGCGGCGGCGGUGAGGACCAGUGUCAUGGACAAGUGGAGGAAACUGCAGGGGAUGAACCAGGAGCAGGCCAUGGUUAAAUACAUGGCGCUGGUGAAGGAGUGGCAGGGAUACGGAUCAACGCUCUUCAACGUCGAGGGCCGCGACAGAGCGUUCCCCACAGAGCUGUGGCUCGGUGUGAGCAGGGAGUCCAUCUCUGUGUACAAACGAGGGGAGCCGUGGCCUCUGGAGGUUUUCCCCUACGAGCUGAUCCUGUCUUUUGGAGCGCCGCUGCCCAACGCCUAUAAGAUCACCGUGGAGGGCCGAGAGCUGGUCUUCGAAACCCAGAUGGUCAUGGACAUCGCCAAGCUCAUGAAGGCGUACAUCAGCAUGAUUGUGAAGAAGCGCUACAGCAACUGUCAGUCCGUCAGCAGCCAUGAAAGCAAAUGCAGUGCCUGGUGAAGUCUAACCUUUGACCUGUUGGCUGAACGAACUCCCAGAGGGUUGAUGCCACAGGGGCCUCUCAGUGCUGGAGAUAAACCUGCAGAGCUCUUAAAGCAUCCUCACAUGAAGGAACUGUUUGCAAACAUCUGCUCAGCAGAAGCACCUUUAAGUGCUCAGAGCAAACCUCCCGGUGUGAACUGUUCUUCGGAUACAUUUUCCAAAAGACUUCUGGGAAACAGAAACAAUAAAACGAGGCUGCACCUCAAUCCAACACAAUAAAAAUCAGUGACGUUUCUCCACUAAGUCCAGUUUCUGCUGGAGGUCUCUGUGGAAAUCUGAUCUCAGACCAAAGCAUCUAUACAGAAACUCUGAGUAUUUCUAUGUGCUGGUCGGAGCUGCCUGCCUACACAAGACAACAGUCUGUCCAACUUAAAGGAUGAUGCUCACAGUCAGUCAGGGGAAGCAAACCAGCAACUCAUUAGUUAAAGAUUACAUUUUAUUUGUGGAUCACUUAAAAUGAUGCUUUUAUUCAAAGCGGAAUGUGGUCUGUUUAACAGCCCCAACAGGAGGCGCCAGGCGGGAAUCCUUCCAGUGACGUUCCCACAGUGCAGGAGAAAGACUUCCCGAAAACGAACAGAUUUAACUGAACAUUAUCCAGAUCCAAGAAGAAAUAAAUGGAGCAAAGGAUAUUAGACGAUUCACACACAAAAAAUGAUCCAAAAUGUUCCUGUUUCUCAUACCAAAGAAAACCAGAAACACUAGUGUUGACUUUUAGCCACUCUUCAAAAUGGGAAAGACAAGAGAACCUGCCCUGAGAAUUUGACUGUGUGGAAGAAAAGUGCUGAAACUCUGUGGCACAGCAGUGACUGUUAAAGUGUGUUUGUUCAAAGACUGCAUGAAUGUACCCCCCCCGAAUCAAACCGAUUAUUAAACCUCUUGGUUUUUUUUAGAGCUGAUUUGCAGACAAUAGAGAUCACAAGUGCCUGUUUUCAGUGAAGCAUGAUGAACUCUAAUCAGAUCAAAGGUUCUACUGAGAAAACUCACUGAAAAAUAAAAACGUUGCUCCAAAGUUUCCUAAAACUGCUCAACUGGUCCAACUAAAGAAUCAUGAACGUUUUCUCCAUGCAAAGCAAACAGUUCCCAAAAUACUAAAGCUUACAGACUGAGUUUUAGCCAAUCUGUUGCUAAAGAUUUCCUUUCAAAAGGUUCUGGUGGGCUUCGGAACAUUUUUUAUUUAUAUUGUUUAAGACUUUUUUUGGCUGGGUCGUCAAACUAAAUUUUUCUGAAAGAAAAAGUUCCUAAAUUAGAUCCAAAAAGCUCUUCCUUGUUUCUAGGGAGCAUUAUGGUAAACACAAGCAGAUUUUCUACAACAGUUAAAGUAACUGUUCUGGGAACCAAGUUCUGACCGAGUGGGUCGGUCUCGGUUCGGCAGCGAAACAUUCCGUUAAUAUUUCCCUGGAGCUCCGCGGGCGGCAGAUCCAUCCAAAGAUGAAGACACGCAGCUUUCUCCCACAGUUCGGUGCCUUGUUGUAAAUUCUGUACACAUGCGGAUUGGUUUUUGGUAUAAUGUGCAAUGUAAUAUAUAUUUUAUAUAUGAUACAAUCAUGUGGACUGUACAUUUCCGGUCUCUGCCUUCUGAUUUGUUAUCCCAGCAUUUUUUCUCUUGUGUGUUUUUGUAUCUUUUUAAAUCUGAAUUAGCAGCAGUAUGUGUUGAUCUGAUGAGUCUUACAAUAAAUAAAAUAUUAAUAUUUGGUCA